AGUUGCUUCUGAUCCGAUUCAAAAUUCCCUACAAAUAAUAAAUAAUUCACUCAUGUAGCUUAAAAUGCAAUUAUUAUUCCUAUUGUAUUAGAAUAAUAUUGUAUUCGCAUAUCUGCGUAAAAUAAUGAAUCUACGAUGCAAAUUAUAUUUGAUAUGAUGCAAAUUAUAUUUAAUAUUCAUCAAUUGCCAUCAAAAGUAAAUAUAUUAAUAAAUUAAUUGAUCGAAGAUUAAAUUGGUCGUUGCAGUUGAAAUCCAAAUUUCAAUACAGUAUUUAUUUGAAUGGCUUCUGCCUAAAUAGCUAAUACAGUAGUAAUAUACUGAGCAUAUAAAAUUUGAUUAAAGUCAUAUUUAUUAUGCAGAAGAAUGUGGUACAGUGGAAUGGCUUUGGGCUUCCAACCAAAUGGUUCAGUUCAAAUCCAAUGCUGGUUACAUUGUUAUUGUUUUUGACUUUGGGCAAGAUGAUUAAUUUUUCCCAAAAGUAUAAAUUGAUACCUGGUGGAAUGCGAUUGAUUUUAGAAUGAAAUUGCCGCAGAAUUAGCUGCACGACUGGGAAUAUUCCCGAGGGUGCGGAGGAAGUUUCUCAUCGUGCAUGGCUGUUUAUGUAUCCGAUGACCAGGGGUAAUAAUUAUAUGCGUCUUGAAAUAGGUCACAAGAUAGGUUAUCACAUUAUAAAUACGAUGAUGUAAUUAUUUUUAAUAUUAGGUCGGGCAGGUGCAACAACGCUUUGGACAAUAUUAAGGGAGAAAACGAAUGUGAAAUUACAAAAAGCGGAUGCACAGAUUCCGACAGAAUUAAAGGAUGCUUAUGGGGCAUUUGUCAGGGAAUGCUUAACAAAAAACAAGACAGUUGCUAAGAGGAGUUUCUACAGCGGCAAUGGUGUCCCCGAAACAGAGAAAAUUCAAGAUGGUAGCUAUCGCAAAAAAGUUCAUGAACUUCGACACCACAUAGAGUUGAUGUACCGUUCUGCACACAAUAACCAAGACAAGACAGCCAUUUUGACGUACAACAAUCCGCUGCCGGAUUUUUCUGAUCGUAACGGGGAGGAAGGUCCAAUGCGAUACUACCCUUCGUGGAUAGGGGAAGAGGAAGAGGUGGUUGAUGCACCAGCAUACAAAAAAUGGUUAGAAAAACUUCCAGAUAUCGAUUCCUUAGCUCCCAUGGAAACAGAUGAGACGGAAGCUAAACCAAUAGCAGGUGAUAGCAUAGACCAUCUGCCUGCAACUACAUCAAAGAAGUCUACAAAACUUUCCUUCUUAACAGAAGAAGAUGCAACCUGCGAAGGCACAUUCUGGGCCUCUAGACCUGAAAAACAAAAUGACGGAAAGGAAAAAGAAACGAUUCUACUUAGCAAGCGCACAUCAACAUUUCAAAACAAACCGACAAGGAAAAGAACAUCUCAAGAGAAAAAAAAUGAAAGAUCUUUGACUGCUCCAUCAUCGACAGCAUCAUUGCGGCAACAAAAACCUGACACUUCCUGGCAACCGCUCAGCCUAACAGCUCUCACAGAAUAUAAGCCAACAGUCGAUACAUCUAGGGGUGCUGGGGACUUCGCCUAUGGCAGUACUAACAUGUGGAGACCAAUACUGGCUAAUGACCCUUGAAAAAUAUUUUUAAUUUACUCCUGCAAUAUAAAUAUAAUCAAUCUUCUAAAGGGAAUAAUUUCUGAAAUGUUUAUAUCCAUGAAACUAAAUUUCUAAUAUCUAUGCUUUAGUGUAAAAUAUAAAUAAAUUAAACAUGAAAAAAUAGGUAAAAACAGUGGCGUCGCUGCAGAGAGGGGAGGGGGCCAAAGAGGAGGCAUUAACAAAGAUAAUUUUUUUGUCUCUCAGUUUCCAACCCCCCCACCCCAAUCAUAUCAAUCGCUUUAGAGAAGUUCACGCAGGGCAGUCAAAAAUCCAGUAGUGGGCUUAUCCCGAUCAAUACCAAGCAAUGUGUUGAUUUGAUUAACCUCCCCCCACCACUGGGUCAAAAUGUAAGAGUAUCAAAAUUAUGUAGUGGUUAGGCACCCCACCCCCCUCUUGAUAGUUGCGAGUUGGUUGUUCAACCCUACUGGCAUAGUAUUGUUUAAAGCCACUCAAGUGGCCAUAUAUGGUUAGUUACUAUAUAGUUGAAUAAUUUGGGCGAGAGCCUCUGUGAAGCUCUGGCAAUCACAGAAGUGAGUGCUUCCAUCGGUGGUAAAUAGGUAUCCUGCACUUUUAUGAAGAAUAUUGCAGGAAGAUGGUUCUUGUUGUAUACAAGACCAAAAAUAUCUCUUACAGUGCUCUAUGUCCUACAUUGUACAGGAACAGUAACUUGAUAAAAUAGAACCAGACACACACACACUCUCUCUAUGGUUUUGAUGAACACAAAGUGGACAUAGAUAGAGUCAUUAGGAAAACGUUUUAUGAUGUAGAAUUGUAAAAAUUGUGCUUUAAAUUACAAUAUUAGAACUGCAAUCACAAAUAGGGUAUAUUGUCUGAUGACACACCCCAACCCACAAUCCCUGCUGGUACAGUGCCCCCUUCCAUCCCCACCCCACAAUCCUCAUUGAUGCUGCCACUGGUUAUCAACAGUAGCUAUUGUGCAUCAUUAAAUUUCUAAAUGUUUACUACUGUUUUUAUGCUGAUUUUUACCCACCAAUAACAAUGCUAAAUAUCACUUUGUUUUUUUUUGGAUGAACUUUUUACUGUACUGUAUUUACUGUAAAUACACACAUCUUCCAAAUAAAUUAAUAGAAUUCCAUAAUUAUGCUGAAAAUGAGUAUUCUGUAUUUGUAAAUGAUACAAAAAUGUGUGUGUAAAUUAUAUUUAUUGAAACCUUUGAGAGAUAUUCCGUCCAAAAGAAUUUUUAUUCUUAUAAACAUAAGUACAAUUGAUAUGUAUUUUGCAUUAAAAUUAAAUAAA